AUGGCCUCUUCCGGGGCAGCGACAGCGGUCACUUCUGGCCGCGGAAACAGGACCAGUGACGAUGCCAAGGAAUAUCCGUUUAUUCUGCCUCAACUGCCUAAAGGACGAGUGGCUAUUAAUACCGUGUUUUUGCACGGUGAUGUACGUGCCAGACCCUACAAGGUCGAGGACUUCAGGGACGCCCUGCUGCCAACGGGUUUGCUACCUGACGUGGCAUGCAUAGGGGCGUACCAGAUUAAUCACGUCUGGGCGGUGACCCUCAAGGAUGCGACCGCUACGAAACGGCUGGUGGACCUCAAAGAACUGCAGGUGAAGGGACGACGGUGCGUCAUCGUCGACCCGCAGGACCAGCAGGUGAAGCUUAGACUUCACUGGCUGCUGUACGGUGUUGCCGACGAGGACGUCCGGACGGCGUUCGCGGCUUUUGGCAAGGUGGAGGAGGUGAGCCGGGAGAGGUGGCGGGUCCACGGCAUGGGGGACAAGACCUCAACCACACGGACCGUCCUCCUGAAACUCAAGAGCGGCGUCAAGGUGGAGGACCUUCCGCAUCAGGUCCGCGUCGGCGGGGAAUUGGCACUGGUGGUUGUUCCUGGUAGGCCCAUGCAGUGCCUGCGCUGCCAGGGCACGGGACACGUUCGCCGUGAGUGCAAGGUCCCCCGAUGUUCCCGGUGUAGGCGUUUCGGCCACGUCGACGACGACUGCGUCAAGUCGUACGCCGCCGCGACAGGUCCAGCAGUGACCGACGUCGUGGCAGAGCAUGUCAUGGACGUGGUUGAGGCGGAGGACGCCGCUGAAGGAGCAGGAAGCCUGGUGACCACCGCGACAAGCAGUGGCACGUCGACCGGUGGCGCGGAAGACAAGGUGGCUGAUGCUGCCGAGAAGCCAAGAGAGCACGUACAGGUCGAGACCGCCGAAGGCCAGGUGACGGGAGGUGGUGGUGAAGGCGCCCCCGACGACAACACCGUGGCAAUGCAGCAGGACGAGGCCGUCAACGACGGUGACCGGCCAGCGACUCCCGGUGGCCCAGUCAAGCGCCCGCACGACGAAAGUAACCGGGACGAGGGUGCAGGAAGCACCAGCGAGGGACCGCCGACGAAGACGCCGCUUGGGAGACGCAUGGGCUUCAAGCCUAAGCCGAAUGUCCCGACCGAGAAAAAGCCUGGGGACAAUGCGCCACCGACGAACAACGCCGGGAAGCCGCAAGGACCCGGAGGCGGCUAGCCAAGGGCUAGUCGUGAACGGUAAGCACCAUGCUCCGGGCCUACCUUUUCUUUAGUCCAAGAUGGCUGAAAUUCCGUCCCUUAGUAUUGCCACAUUAAAUGUGAGAGGGUUGGCGGCUAGUCGUAGGCAGAGUCAGCUCCUACGGUUGGUCACUGAACACGACAUUGACGUACUAGCCGUCCAGGAGACUAAGGUGGACGGAGAGGAGAAGACCGGGAGCAUGGUGCGGCGUUUCACGAAUAGAUAUUUCGCGGUGGUUAGCCAUGCGAUAGGCACAUCGGGCGGGUGCAUACUUUUUGUGAAAAAACUGCCGGGUCUAGUGAUUGAAAGUGUAUAUUCUUGUCAGUCUGGCAGGAUAGUUUUUUGCGAUGUUGUUAUGUGUGAAGCUGAGUUCCGCGUCAUAUGCAUAUACGCGCCGAAUUCAGUGGAUGAGCGUGCACUUUUUUUUUCGAACCUUGUACAGUAUGUACGUUGUGAUAGGCGCGUAAUCCUGCUAGGUGAUUUCAAUUGUGUGUUGAGCGCUAAAGAUAGAGUCAGCAAUACCGGUAUGCGUGACAGAAGUAGUGACGUGCUAUCAAAUCUUAUCUGUGAAAAUGAACUUGAAGAUGUAUUUGAGUGUCUGGAAGAUGGGCGCGAAGUAACCUUUACGCGUUUUCAGGGCAGUAGCCAUGCGCGACUGGAUCGCAUGUAUAUCUCGUUGGAUAUGAUUCCAACAUGCCAUGGUUAUUGCGUUUUACCAGUGUCGUUUUCCGACCACUGCCUAGUCAAAUGCCAUGUAGGUAUCGAAAAAAGGCGAAAUGCUUUUGAU